AUGGAGAGCAAGUUGAAGGAGCCAGACGUUGCGUGGAACAAGGACGGCCGUCCGGUCAACUGGAAUGGCCGUGACUGGCCUCUCUACAUACGACAGAUGAUGCUCUAUCUGACAUGCGUAGAGGUCAAGGAGAACGAUUUCCCUCUGGAUACUAUCUGCGAUGGAACGCAAGAGAUGCAGGAGAACUGGACUAACGAACAGAAGGCCCGCUUUAAGAGACAGAAUACUCUGUUGGCCAAGCUCAUAUCAAGUUCCCUCUCGUGCACGCUGGCUCACCAACGAUUUGAAGGACGUGAAAAUGCCACGACGAAGUUGUAUACCCAGCGGACUCUCCGACAGAAACUCGAGAAUGCAUCGUGUCGGUACGGCGCUGACGUGGAAAACCAUCUAUCAUACGUGCUAUCGCUACGGGAGCAACUGGCCGCACUGGACGCAGAUGUUGGUGAUGCCUGGAUGGUUGACAUUUUGGUGCGCUCAAUGUCACAGUUUGAGUAUUACCAGGAGUUGCACACUCUCACUCUUCUUGGCAGUGAUCAAAUGACCACGCCGCUUGGUGCUAGGGCCAUGAUUAUAACUCUUGAACGGAAUGCCGCCCUGGAGCGAGAGCAGAAGAAGUUCAACGGAGAUCCCACCACCAAGAGAGAAGGUCGCGGAGGUGGCGUGAACUCAAGCUUUGUGGGGAAGAAGCGAGGCAUCGUAAAUUUGAAUGUCCGGACGCCGAGAGUGGAGAGCCGACCCAAAUGCGCAUCAGAAACCCAAAUCCUGCUCACGCUAAAUUUACUGCGGAGGCUCAUGCCGCCAGACCGAAACCAGAUCCGCGACGGACUACGGUUCGAGCUCGGAACCAGGGUGACGAAAGACCCCUGUGGGAACAUCAAGUUUUGUGUCUCACUCCAAGGCCGCAGUGGAACAACGUACCAGGAGCCAAGUUCUACUCGGCGGGAUGACCGUCCGCCGAGCUCAGCGGGCAAGAAUGCGCUGAUGGACCGCUGA